UGUACUACUAGGCUCAGUUUUUCUUUCUCUCUUUUUUUUUCCACCUAAGAUCUGAGCACAACCUUCUUCUAUUUAUACACAUUCCCUCUCAUCUUUCUCGAAGAAGAAGAAGAAGAAGAAGUAGAAGCACAGGUGUUGCAUGGUGGGAUGGAUUCUUCAAGCGCACAGCUCCAUCUCCAGGAAAUGGGUAUAGAAAGCAUGGUGGCGUGCAAGCAGCAAGAUGGAAACAAGAAGGCAAGGCCAGCUGAUAUGCAAGCUCUAAAAUGCCCUCGAUGCGACUCCGCCAACACCAAAUUCUGCUACUACAACAACUACAGCCUCUCCCAGCCCCGAUACUUCUGCAAAUCCUGCCGACGAUACUGGACCAAAGGCGGCACCCUCCGCAACGUCCCCGUCGGCGGAGGCUGCCGCAAGAACAAGAGAUCCUCCUCCACUUCCUCUUCCUCCUCCUCCUCCAAGCGAAGCCAGGACCACCCCCUCCCCUCCCCUAUCCCUUCCAUGCCUCCUCUCUCCUACGAUUCCAACGAUCUCAAUCUCGCCAUCGCCACUCUCCAGAAGCAGAAUUCCGCCCAUUUAGGGUUAGAGGAUCACGAUUUCUCCAUCUGGGCCCACUCCCAAGCCCUCGGCACCUCCUCUUCGGGGCUGUUUGAUGCCAUCAGAAGUAGUGGCUUUCUUGAGAACCCGAGCGCUGGGAAUGGGCUUCACAAUUUGUACUAUGAUGAUCAGAAUGGGAUGAUGCACGACAUGCCAUAUGGGGACUAUGCGGUCCCCACGGCCGUGGCCACGGUGAAGCAGGAGAUGCUCGGAGGGAGGGACGCGGACGGGAGGAUAUUGUGGGGUUUCCCGUGGCAAAAUAUGGGUGCCGGGGAUGGCAAUGGGCCGGAUCUCGAUUCCGCUACCAGACUUAACUGGAAUGGGAUCGGGUCAUCCAAUUGGCAGGGGCUUCUCAAUAGUCCUCUUACAUAAGAGGACAGAGCGAAGAAGCCCCUUAAAUAAUUACAAUUAUUCUUAAUCGUAUAAGAAUAAUUGUAAUUGUUUAGAUUGGGAAUUUGAGUGGGUUAUAGUGUUUGCUAGAGAGGGGUUGGGGAAAGAAGAAAAAAGGAUAGAGUUUAAUUACUUAUCAAGUGUUUAACUUAAAGGGAAAGUUUAAUUAAUUUUAAUGAUGUGGAUUUGUGAUCUGUAUUGUACGAAGAGGGAAUUGAUUCACUUGAAUCGUCUUCUUCUUUUUUUGUUGACUGUCUA